AUGCCUGACUCGAAAUCUUUGGAUGACCCGCGAAAGCCGUCAUCCUCGUCGACGAGCGGAUCCCUCAUCGCCGUCGGCACGUCCACCGACGUCGCCGUCAUCCAGUCCAUCGAGAAGGGCGAGUUUGAUGACCCGGUCGACGAGGACACCCGCAGCCUGACCGACAGCAUCCGCCAGCACAUUGUCGACGGGGGUCUGAGGUACCACGCCUACCACGCCGGCAAGUACGCCUUUCCCAACGACGAGACGGAGCAGAACCGUGAGGACCUCAAGCACAAUCUCACCGUCUACCUCUGCGACGGAGAAUUCUUCUACGCACCUCUCCAUAAGGAACUCGAGGCCGGGAUCGAGGUACUUGAUCUAGGAACUGGAACUGGAAAAUGGUGCAUAGACUUGGCAGACUUGUACCCCGAAUCCACCUUUCACGGCAUGGACCUCUCGCCCAUACAACCCGAUUGGAUCCCGGAAAAUGUAUCGUUCGUCGUCGACGACAUAGAGCACGAGGCCGGGUGGACGUACCCGGACAACCACUUUGACUUCAUCCACAUACGCCACACGUUGCACGCGGUGCGGGAUCGACCAGAGUUGUGGAGCAGGAUAUUUCGCCACCUAAAACCGGGCGGAUGGUUCGAGAUCCAGGAGUUCCACUACAAGGCCGCCUGCGACGACUCGUCGUGCGACGGGCCCUACGCCUGGCGUGACUUCCUCACGUACCUGGAGAUGGGCCUAGCGGCUCUCGGGUCCGAGGUCCACGGCAUAGCGCGCUGCCAGGACGAGCUCAUAGAGGCCGGGUUCGAGUCGGUCAAGGUCAAGUCGCUCAAGUGCCCCGUCGGCCCGUGGGCCAAGAAGAAGAAGCUGCAGGAGUGCGGCCACAUCCUCCGCGACGUCUGCCUCUGGGGCCUCAACGGCCUGGCGCGCAAGCCGUUCCGCGACGGGCUGGGGUGGACAAACGUCCAGAUCGAGAUGUUCCUCGUCGACGUGCGCAAGGCCUUGACGGAGGAGAGCAGGGGUCUCCCCGUCUUCCACACGUAUUUCCCCUUUGAUAGCGUGUUCGGGAGGAAGCCUCUCGAUGCGGCGUAG